AUGCAAGAUUCCAGGCUUCGUGGUAUUAUCGACGAGUACACAGCUGGGGGCACCGAAUGCAAGAUUCCAGGCCUCGUCUACUCAGCGUUCAGAAAUGAUGGCGAACCAAUCUUUCAGCAUUAUUCUGGCUUGAGGGGAGUCACCUCAGAAAGCCCCAUGUCAGAAGAGACUAUCUUCUUCAUAGCAUCUUUCACAAAACUGGCGACUUCAAUCGCGUGCAUGCAACUCGUCGAGCAAGGGAAAUUGCGCUUAGAUGAUGCGGAUCAAGUUGAAGCCAUCUGCCCUGAGCUACGGAACGUCAAGGUGUUGACUCGGAACGAGCAUGGGAAACUUGAGCUUGUUGAGAAAGUUAGAGGAAUUACUCUUCGGAUGCUUCUCACUCACACAGCUGGCUUCGGAUACGCCUUUGAGGAUGAGAAGCUGGCCGAGUCUAGUCGCCCGAUUGGCUUUGAUGACUUCUCGGGAGAAGCAAUUGACACAGCAAAUCGACCUCUAGUGAACCAGCCUGGAGAUACGUUCCAAUAUGGUGUCUCGAUGGACUGGGUUGGUAUGAUAAUCGAACGCACGUACAAUAAAUCACUUGAGGAAGUCUUCAAAGAGAACAUCUUCCAGCCAUUGGGAAUGGACCACGUCACUUUCCAUCCUUCACAAGAGGACAAGAGAAAUCUUGCGUAUAUGCAUCGCAGGAGCCCAAAUGGCAGAUUGAGUACCACAGAUCACUUUUAUCGGCGGCCGCUUCUUGCUCGAGAUGGCGAGAAGGUUCCGUGUGCAGGCGGUCAUGGUUGCUUUGGAAGACCAGCAGAGUUUGGACGAAUUAUAUCACUGUUGUUGAACAACGGCGUGGAUGCAAAAUCAGGAGUUCAACUACUCAAAGCUGAGACUGUCAAUGACAUGUUCACUGAUCAAAUCCCCGAUAAACCACGCUUCAGCAACCUCAGCGUCCCCGUGGCCAAGCCAGAACUGGCAAAUCCAACCCCCUUAACUCCAAUGCCGGAUGAUCACACUGAAGGCUGGGGCUUAUCAUUUUCUAUCAAUCACUUCCCAGAGUCAACUGGUCGUGCAGCUGGGUCAGCAUCUUGGGAAGGGUUGGCUAAUCUCUUCUGGUUCGCUGAUCGCAAGAAUAAUAUCGGCGGUAUUAUUGCCAGCCAGAUUCUUCCAUAUGGCGACGCCAUGGUGCUGGAGUGCUCGGAACGGGUAGAGACGGAAUUAUACAAGGCGUUGCAAGCCUAG